AUGUUCACCACGGCCGGCACCACGGCCGAAGACGAGGAGAAGCAGGCGUUUAUGAACAGCCGGCCCUCCAUUUCCGAGUCUGAGAGGGACUUUGAGACGAUGGAGAGCAUGACGGAUGAGAUUACCGAGUUCCGUAACGCCGCGACGCUUGUUUCGGAGAUGGUUGCUGCUGAGGAGCGGAGGCAGCGGAUGAGGGAGCAGGAGCAGCAGCAGAUGGCACAGCAACAACAGCAACAACAGAUGCCGUGCCAGCACCAGCACCACCUCAUGCCCUCCCACUUCCAGCGCCCCGCCAUCAUCACCCCUCCCUCCCCGACCACCGCGUUCGCAGAGUACAUGGGCGACGACGUGCUCCCGGCCUACGACGAGCACGCCGCCCCCUCGGUGAUUGUUUCCGACGGGUUCAGCAGCUACACGCCCGGGUCUAGCGACUAUACCCCCAGCGCGGGCUCGGAUACGGCGUCCAAUAUUGAUGAUGUCCUGGGAGAGACCAAGAACUAG